AUGAUACAAUUUAGCCAAUUUCAUGGAUAUACAAUAAUGAGCAGUUUAAUGUCUCAAAUUCGUUCCCUAUUUCGUCCUGUGUCGAAAGUUCGGGGAAGUAAUAAUAACUCCGAAGCGUUUUUAAGGAGAGUAAGGCUGUGUCUUCUUACUGCAGUUGCUGGUUAUGACAAUAAGCACACUAAAUAUUCAACGAGAAUUUCACCAAAAUGGGUUUACGGGGAUGAUGCUUGCUUCCUAUCAGUAACAGACUCUUCGUACGUCUUAGGUGUCGCUGAUGGUGUUGGUGGUUGGCGGUCGUACGGAGUCGAUCCUGGUCGUUUCUCCAGAGCAGUUAUGAAGAAUUGUGAGCGUGUUGUGAAUUCCGGUCGUUUUAUUCCCGACAAGCUAGAGGUUUUAAUUGCCCAAUGCUAUGAAGAUGUACUAAAUUCCAAAGAACUUAUUUUGGGUAGCGCAACCCUAUGCAUAGUUUCAUUGCAACGUAAUGAACAUAGGGUUUAUGGUGCCAGUCUAGGUGACAGCGGCUAUUUAGUUAUACGUGAAGGACAUGUGAUUCAACGUUCAGUUCACCAAAAGCAUUCAUUCAAUACACCAUUCCAAUUAUCUUGUCCACCUACGCUUCGCUCAAGACGUUUUCAUUGUGAUUUACCUAAUCAAGCUGCCCAAACAUCUAUAGAAGUUAAACCGGGUGACAUAAUUAUCGUAGGCACCGAUGGCUUGUUCGAUAAUUUGACAGAGUCAAUGAUAUUACAAGAGGUAAAAACCAUUGAGUUACUUGCAAACUGUACAAUUGAUAGUUUAAAAAAAUGUGCUACACGUCUUGUAGAGCAAGCUCGAAGUGCGGCGUUCGCUCCUGAUUUCGUUUCUCCAUUCGCUCGUGAAGCACGUCGUUACGGUAUAAACAUUGCAGGUGGAGUUCCUGGUGACAUAACCGUCAUUCUAGGAUUAGUUAUUGAGGAGAAACCAUCAACUAUUAAUCGUGUAAAAGAAACACGAUCCUCAAUAAAUCAUCAUCAUCACCGUCAUCAUCAACAUUUACUUUUUCAACCGAAUCGAAGUUUAUCAUGUUUUGAAUUAAACUAUAAUAAAUUUCAUUCAUUCAUUUCUUCCUCUUCGACAUUACCAACUUCUUCAACUAGUACUAAUACUGCUACAUCUUUUUCUUCGAAAUUAUCUCGAACUUAUUCAUGUACUUAG